AUUAUUUGUAAAUCAAUCUUAGUUUUAAAUAAUCAUACUUUAAAGUUUCUCCUAAAUUCCUUAAUUCUAAUGACUUAAUACCUAUUUUAAUAUUCGGUGUUAGACCACAAUUCAAGCUAUUAAAAAAAUAUUAUCAGUUUUUUUAUUUUUAAAUUUCCAUUAAAAAUGAAGACGCCACAAAAAUAUCUAACUGAAAAUCUGAAUAAUUAAAAGGAAAAAAGAAAGGAACAAUGUUGCCCUACAAAACAAUUCCAUUAUCUGAUAGUAUAGAUGGCUAUGAAAAAUUGGAACUUUUGGGUAAAGGUGGUUUUGCGUGUGUUUAUCAUGCUCAAUGCCGUCGCACUGGUCGUCAUGUUGCUAUCAAGGAGAUUGAUAUUUGGACUAUGAAAAAACAGAAUAUGAUUGAUCGUGUACGCCAAGAAGUAAAAAUACACAGUCAACUUAAACAUCCGUCUAUUUUAGAGUUGUAUACAUUUUUUGAAGAUUGCCGGCAUGUAUAUUUAGUAUUAGAACUGUGUCAUAAUGGUGAAUUGCUCCAAUAUUUAAAACGUAAUGGAAACAAAUUAUCAGAAAUUGAAGCACGGUAUAUUAUAAGACAAGUAGUUGAAGGUCUUUUAUACUUACAUAAACAUAAUAUUGUACAUAGAGAUAUGACUUUAACAAACUUAUUAUUAACAAAAGACAUGCGAGUAAAAAUUGCUGAUUUUGGUCUUGCCACUCAAUUAAAUUCUAAGGAUGAAAAACAUAUGACAAUGUGUGGAACCCCAAAUUAUAUAUCACCAGAAGUGGCUACUCGAAGCUCACAUGGUCUAGAAACAGAUUUAUGGGGAUUGGGAUGUUUAUUGUAUACAUUGUUAGUGGGACAUCCUCCAUUUGACACCGAUGCUAUUAAAAGCACACUUACUAAAGUUGUAAUGAGUGACUUUUCUUUGCCAAACUAUUUAUCAAACAAAGCUAAAGAUUUAAUAAAUUGUUUGCUUAGAAAAAACCCGAGGGAUCGUAUAGAUUUGCAUGGUGUGUUAAAUCACGAUUUUAUGCAAGAAAAAAUUAUUUGUGAUGGACCUUCUAUAUGGUUUCAUCAAUCACAUUUUACUGAAGAUAGUGGUUUCAAUACAAUUUCAUUUAAUAAAGAAAAAUGUAGUUCUUCAACCGGCUUACAUUAUGUUCGUUCAAUUCAUAAUCCUAGUAUUGAAAUUAAUCAUCAUACUGGAAAUUCUAACUUAAAUGUAUUAUCAAGUUGUAGAGAUUUUCAUUUAAAUACAGAAGCCAAUAAAGAAGAAUGCUACACAUCAAAUGUAAUAAAAAGUUUCCAUAAACACAGCAAUAAUUUCCAAAAUAUGUACCAUGUAACUCCAUCACAACAUUCAGAAAAUAGACAGUUUACUGUGUUUGAUGAUAAAUUUUUACAGUCAUUUAAAACCUUUCCUGAAACAAGUUCAUCUAAUAGAAUGGCUGAAUGCCUAAGCACAGUACGAUUACAAAAACAUAGACAUAAAACAAAAAAUAAAGUGUUAAGUAUUUUAAAUAAUGGAGAUGUUUGUGUAGAAUUUAUUAAAAUGAAAUCAAAAUCCAAAGAAGAACGAGUUGUAGAAGUAAUACGUAUUUCUUCUGAUGGUCAACAUAUGGUUAUAUAUAGACCAAAUAAAGAUAGAGGAGUGAAAUUACAUGAUGAACCUCCACCUAUACCAAUUAAAGGAGCUGAUGAAGUAUAUAGUUAUGAAUCACUUCCUCAGCAUCAUUGGAAAAAAUAUGCAUAUGCUGCUCAAUUUGUUAAGCUUAUUGCUUCGAAGACGGCCAAAGUGGUUUUUUACAGUGAUGAGGCAAAAUGUCUUCUUAUGGAAGAUGGAAAAGCAUUUGAAGCACAUUUUUAUAAUGGGUCUAUGGUAUCAAGUCUUGGGAAUGGAGACAUAAAAAUAGUUGUAAAUGGAAAAUCAAAAUCUUUUAGUCGACCAGAAUGUUUAGAUGAGUCAGAUAAGAUUAUUUACAUUCAAUUCAAAAAAUACUAUGAACAUUGUUGUUUAGUUGAAAAAACUUUAUGUACUCUUGAUACAAGUGCUAACAGUGGUGUUACUGUGUUUCCAGUGACACUAGGAAGGAGACCUAUAACAAAAGAAGCAAAAGAUAAAUCUGAUAUACCAACAAAUUCUAAGUUAAAAAGUUCAUUUUUAAUUAAAUCUGGUGAAAUUUGUAUAAAUUAUGGAGAUGGAUCACUAGUAAAACUUGACACAACUACUGGUAAAGUAAAAUGUCAGACAACUCAAGGAGUAGUAAUGGUUUAUGAUCAAAAGGAUAGACAUCUACUACCCGAGUGGGCAAAAAAUUGUUUAAAAGAAAUUCCACAUUUACUUAAGCCAAAUGAACAAACAACAACAAACUGGAAAUGGCCAAAUAGAUAAUUAUGACUUCAAUUUAAUACUUCUAUUUAUAACUUUGUAUUAAAGAUAAAUAUUAUUCAAUCAACGAAUUAUUUAGCAAACAUUAGUCUUCCGUCAUUAGCUCAUUAGGUAAUUAAUACCUAGCUUAAAUAAUGUCUAUGUUAGACAAUUAUGUAAAGUAUUAUAAUUUUAUGAAUAAUUUUAAUUGGGAAUAACAAUGUGUUUAACUUUAAUGUAGUCUAAUUAUUUUAAUAAGUAUUUAGUUUAUCCUUAAUAUAAAGAUCUAUUUUAAUAUAAAUUAAUAUUAUAAAUUUAAAAAAAAAUGUAAUAUGUACCAAUUUAUAAUAUUUAUUAUUUAAGUAUAUUUGAUAAACAUAACCAUGCAUAUUAUUACCAUUGACUGUAAACACUAGUAGACUGCUAGCAUAUAACAUAAUAAUAAUAAAUAAUUAUAUUCUAUGCUAUUAGUUUGGUACCUUACUAUAAAUAAUCAUUAUCAUAGUUUAAAAAAAAAUAAUAAUUAGAAUAAAGUAUUACAGUAAAAUAAUAAAAAAAUUUAUUAUUAUAGAAAAUAAUAAUUAUUAAUUUUCAUGAAUGUUAUUUUUUUUAUUUUUAUUUAUAAACAACUACUAAUGCAAUUUUACCAAAAUGGAUUUAAUUAGUACUUUACCUAUGUCAAUAGAAUAAUAUAUUAAGCAAAUUUAUUUAUUAAUUUAUUAUACUUUAUAACAGUUAUUUUUUUUUUUAUAUAUUAUGUUAUAAUAAAUUAUAUUUCUAUAAUGUUUAUGGUUAAAAAUAUGUAUAUUUGUUGUUGACGGCUAUUGGCAUAUUAUAUUUUGUGUCACAGUGGUAAAUUUAUAUUAUCUUUGUAACUAAAUUGGUAACAAAACAGUAGAAAUUACCAAAUGUGAUUACUAUACUUACAUCAGUGAAAACUGAUUGUGGGUCAUUGUUUUUCACCCAGUUUAAUUCAUCUAAAAAUUGUUUUUUAUCAAUCAUAUAACUAUACACAAUAAAUUUAUCAAUAAUGAGAUUCA